AUGAUUAUAACAACACGGUCCCACUGGAGAACAGCAGCAGCCUUGGACGCAGGGCAAACUGCAAGCCGUCAUGGGCGGGUCACAUCCACCAGAACAUCUGGCAAAGGUCCCAAUGUUACCAUGCCGGUGUACUAUGGAGGCUUCGUGGGCGGGCCCCAUGGAGGCGGCUAUUGCCUCUACUCCAAUCAGCCUUGCAACCCAACCACUGGGGGCUGUGGACCUAGUGGACCUUUACCUGGACCGUGCUGUCCACUUUCCUGCUGA